GGAUAAAAAUCAGAGGAAACUGGAGGGGGGGUGAAAGUUGAGCAAAAAAGGACAUGUGGACGAACGAAUAAGCCGUGAACGACGAAUUUCACCGACAAUUUUUUGUUCGCAAAGGCUAUUUUUUGUUUUGUUUGUUUGUUUGCUUUCGAAGCUACUUAUUGUAUAAAAGUCAAACGCGGUUGAUCAGGACGAACCCAUUAGGAAACGGCGGUGGCGCUUCAGAGAAGAGGUGCCGUGAGAAAGAUUACCUUGCCUCUCUCUCUCUCUCUCUCUCUCUCUCUCUCUCUCUCUCACUCUCUCUCUCUCCCUCUCUCUCUAUAUCACUCAUACACACACGCUCAGCAGCCGCACCCGAAGCGCGUCCCGCAGCCUCGCUCUCUGUCCAACCUGCCGUAGCAUGGCCAAAUCUAGUAGAGCUACUUUGGCUCUGCUCAUCUACGGGAUCUUAAUGCGCUACAGCGCUCAAUGCACACCCAUCGGAAUGGGCUUCCCCAACAUGAGGCUAGAAAACGACGUGUUUGGGGACGAGGAAAACUCGUUAAAUGAGCUCUCCUAUGAGCCCGACACGAUGAGCGCGCGCAGUGCUCCUGCACUCCCGGAGGAUGCAUUUACACUGUAUUACCCGCCCGAGAGAAGAGCCGAAUCGCAUGCAGAAGGAUUGUUAGAUAGAGCCUUGAGGGACAUCCUGGUUCAGUUAUCAGCCCGAAAAUAUCUGCAUUCUCUCACGGCAGUUCGCGUAGGUGAGGAAGAGGAGGAUGAAGAAGACUCGGAGCCACUGUCCAAGCGCCACUCGGACGGCAUUUUCACGGACAGCUACAGCCGCUACCGGAAACAAAUGGCAGUAAAAAAAUAUCUUGCAGCAGUUCUGGGAAGAAGGUACAGACAGAGGUUUAGAAACAAAGGACGCCGCUUUGCUUAUUUGUAGCGCGCGAGACAAAAUCGAGCAACUGCCCUCCCUUGUGUCCAUUCAAUCAUACGGUCAAAAGUCAUUCUAACUUAAAACUGAGCAGUCGGUGGAUCUCGCCUGUGUUCUUUUAAACAUGUAUUUUAUGUACGAAGUCAAGCCAUUAAAAAUAUUUUAGUAAGAACAUGUUUUUUUUGUUCCUUUUUUUGUAUAAAAGCACUUGAGACCGCACAGUUCUACUUUGUGGACCAAUCGUUCAGUUGAAUGUAUAUAGCUUUAUAUGUUGGAAACGAAACUAAAAAAAAUAAUAAUAACACUAGAAAAAAAAUAUAUCUAUAUAUUAAUAUAUAUGACAAAUGUGCACCUUGAACGUUAUGCGCUUGAUAUCUUUUUCGAAUUCAUCAUAUGCAGAAAAAUAAAUAGAUUUUAAAAAAGACAAUCAAAGUUCUGAAUGUUAUACUUUAUUUUUGUAAGGGGAAAAAAAAAAAAAAGGAAUAAUGAAUAGAGUUUUUAUUUUGUGCAAAGUUGGCCCUGGGAUGUAAGUGACCAUAAGGCUGACUCUGUUUAAAAAAAAAAUAAUGAAUUAAAAAAAAAAAAAAAAAAAAAAAAAAAAAAAAAAAAAAGCACAGGCUGUAAUGAUCCUAUGGAGGGGUCAGGGAGAGAUACACACUGGCCAACAUGAGUCCCUCAUUACACAACUACAUUUGUGUAAGUGUUUUAGACAUGCAAGUCACCUGUCUGACUAAAUGCAACAUUUUUUUUUAAUGGUUUGAGUUUUAAAAGUUAGGAUUUGUGACUGAAAAUGAUUGACACUGGAAUUUAGCUUAUUAGUGCUGUCAUUUUAUUUAUUUCAUUAUUAUUUUUUAAAAUCCCAUCUUCCCUGCAUCUACAUGCAUGAUGCAUGUACAAUCCUCUGUGCAUUGUAUGUAAUACGGACCCUGUUCCGUUCCAUAUGCUCGAGAAUGGCUGUUUUUAUUUUAUUUGGAGAUAUUUCUGUUGUAUCUCUUAGACAUGCUUUCCUAAAGACUAAAGACAUGUUCAUGCAGCCUACUGCAGAGUUCUUCAGGAUGAAUGGAAACGAAUGGUAUCCCUGCCCCCCCUUUCAGGAAAAAAAAACACAAAAACAAAUUUCAAGUGCAUGCAUGAUGGCCUUUUAAAAGUGUUAUAUAGCAUGUCAUUUUUAUCAGUUUUAGGCAUGUAUGCAGUGAGCCUAGUCAUGGUUUGCAUCAUUUCUAUCUUUGUAUUAAUCUGAUUUGUUUUCUGUUGAUGUUGUUUGAAAAUGUAGAAGUUGUGUAUGUGUUGGGAAAAAUAGACACGUGUACUUAAUCACUGGAAUGAAUUCUUAUUCGGGAGAAAAAAAAAUGAAUGAGUUUAAAAAAAUGAACUUUAAAAUGUCCUUUGUUAUAGGUCCAGUGUAUAGAUAUAGUAGUACACUUGCCUACACACCUUAUAGACUCCAGCUCAGUGUUACUGCAUUCCUGGCUAACACUUCUUGUUAUUACUUCUGAUAAUCCAUUAACCUCUAUGUUCUCUAUGUGCAUAAGUCAUUUGCGUUAUGCAUCUCUUUAAAGAAAGAGGGAGGAAGUAAUAGGAGUGAUGCAUGGACAGAGGAUCAGGAAACCAAAGCAUACAGAGAGCUGGUCAGAUGUUCAGAUAAAGUUAUAGCAUCCCUUAAUCCAUUUGAACCCUUGUAGGUUUAAGUCAGUGAUAAGUAUUAUGCAGCACUUAAAUACUGGAAUAUCCUUUAUCUCUCAGUACUAUUCAAAUUGUGGUUUUUUUUCUGUCUAUAAACUAAAGUUGAUGGUUUGUGUAUUCUAUACAUAUCAUUCGUCCCUUAUUUCCCCAAUAAUUUCACUUCAGACAUGAACUCAGUUAACCCCCAAACCCCCAAAAUCGGCAUCAGUUCCUAGGAUUUCUAUGAGUGUAGAUGUUUUCAUGGGAGAGCAAUGUGUGAAUGUGUGUGAGCGUGUUGCAAGAGUGUGAGCAUGUAAAAUAUGAACCAGACAGUGGUAUGUGACAGACAGCAUGGCUUCUGGCUUUGGUGCCUUGCUACAACGUAUGACAAAAUAAAAAAUCGCCACUUAAUAUGGAUGGCAAUUUUUAGUGGCCCUAUAAUGCUGCAGACUAUUAGCUUACAUUUCACUAACCAUCUUUUCUUCUUUUUUUUUUCAAAAUUUGGCUGGGCCGAUAUCUAAUUCCAUUCAAGAGCAUGGCCAGCGUUACAUUGUGAUCCAAUUUAAUAUUGAACUGAUGUAAAUGGCAAAAGUAUUAACUGUCUCUAGGCUGUUAUAAGUUCAAUGAAUGUGUUGUUGUGGCAAAGUAAAGUGUUCCUGUUUCAUUGUUCUCAGUAAACUGACUCAUCAUAUCCCAAGCUUACGUAGAGGGCCAUGAAGCCUAGCUUGAUUUUGUGUUGUUUCUUGUCGCAUCGCUUGAGGGUUAUUUGUCAGCUAGCAAAGAGCCUGAUGGAGUGCAGCCCACAGCCCAGCCACUUGUGUACAUUUCUAAGAGCGCCAAAAGCCUUAAUGUGAAAGUUUUAUCUAUAUCUGAAAUAUUAUGUGUGAGAAGUGAAUAUUAGCAAAUGUGAAGUCGAGAUAUUAACCCAUAACUCCUUAGGGGGUGACGUUUUUAAAUGUUGAAAAAAGUGUUGUAAGAUUUGUAUGAAUAAAUUUUUGUAAACAA